ACGGGGUACCGCGUCCUCGGCGUGCAGCCGAACUCGCCGGCGUCGGACGUGGGCCUCGUGUCCUUCUUCGACUUCGUCGUCGCCGUCGACGGCGUCGAGCUCCGCGAGCUCGACUCGACGUUCAUCGACAAGAUCAAGGCGGCGCGGCCCCGGCGUCUUCGAAGUUUCGCGCCGCGCGACGCCCCGACGCGCGACAGGCCGCUGCCCUGCGUCGUCUACAACCUCAAGAGCCGCCAGACGCGGAGCGUGACCAUCACGCCGACGCGCAACUGGGGCGGCCAGGGCAUGCUGGGCGUGACGAUCCGUUUCGACACGUACCACAAGGCGGACGAGCACCUCGUCCGCGUGCUCGAGGUCGCGCCGGGCUCGCCGGCGGAGAUCGCGGGGCUCCGGGCGGGCACGGACUACCUCCUCGGCACGGCGGAGCGCGUCCUCAACGACGAGUGCACGCUGCACCUCGACAAACCCGUCGAGUUCUACGUCUACAACACGGAGACCGACGAGGUCCGCGUCGUCGUCCUCCUCCCGACGUACUCCUGGGGCGGCGGCGGCUGCCUCGGCGCCGCGGUCGCGCACGGCUACCUCCACCGCCUCCCC